AUGGAUUCCAUCGAUAAUGAGGUAACUCACGACUUCAACCCUUUCUUCCGUGUUUACAAAAGUGGCCGCAUCGAAAGAAUUACAGGAACCCCGAUCAUCCCUCCAUCGCACGAUCCCAUAACCAAUGUUCUCUCUAAAGACGUCGACAUUUCACUAGAUCCCAAGAUCUCCGCCCGUCUCUACCUACCAACCACCACUGCCACAGCCGCCGCUAAACUCCCACUCCUCAUCUACAUCCACGGCGGCGCUUUCACAAUCGAAUCCGCCUUCUCCACUCUCAACCACGCCUACUUAAACUCCGUAACAGCCACCUCUGGCGUAAUCGCCGUCUCCGUCGAGUACAGACUCGCACCGGAGCACCCAAUCCCGGCCUGCUACGAAGAUUGCUGGGAAGUUCUGAAAUGGGUCGAUCAAGCACCCGAUCCAUGGAUAAAAGACCACGCCGAUCUGAACCGGGUUUUUUUAAUGGGAGAUAGCGCUGGGGCUAACAUCGCACAUAACAUAGCGGUCCGAGCCGGCGUAGAUGGAACCGGGCCCGGUUUGAAGAUUGUGGGCAUGGCGUUAAUUCACCCGUAUUUCGAGUUCAGUCAACCGGGUAAACUAUGGAUGUAUAUUUGUCCCGAUUCAAGUGGGGUUAGUGACCCGAGGAUAAAUCCGGCUGCGGAACCGGGUUUGGUGGAGAAGAUCGCGUGUGGGAAGGUGCAGGUGUGUGUAGCUGGGAAAGAUAGGCUUAAAGGGUGUGGAUUGAGUUACUACGAGACACUGAAGAAGAGUAGUUGGAAUGGAGACGUGGAAAUUAUGGAGACUGAAGGAAGAGAUCAUGUGUUCCAUCUGUUUGAUCCUAAUUGUGAGGACGCACGCAUACUCAAAACUUUGUUGGCUUCUUUUUUUCAAUCGAAUGGCAAGUAA